UUCAUAUUGACGAGAAAUUCGAUGGAGAAUUUUGAAUGCGUUCUUGUAUGAUUUAAUAUUUUUGUUUACUAUUUUUAUAUAUUUAUAAUAGUUAAUAAAAAAAAAUAAUAUAAUUGAAAAAGAAUGUAUUAUAUUAUUCAAUAUUCUUUUUUAAUUUUUUCUUUCACAAAAGAGUAAUUUUAAAUAAUGGAAGGUUCGAAAGCAGAAAAAAGAAUAAAACUUGACGACUCAGAGGAAAAAUUAGUGGAACCUAGUUUAGUGAGAAUUAAUAAAUAUGGUUGUGCUCCUCAUAACAUUCACAUUGAUAAAAAUGAGUUUAAAAUAGGUCGUGCAAGAGAUAAUGAUGAAAUUAUUUUGGAUGCAAUGAUAUCUAGAAAACAUUGUAUUUUAAGAUAUGAAGAAAAUGAAGAGUGGACGAUCAAAGAUUUAAGUUCUUCUGUUACAUUCGUUAACGACAUUCCUCUAACAUUUGAUGAAUACAAAGUUAAAAAACCUAAGAUAGAUGAAAACAUAUUAGAUAAUGUUUUUAUAGAACAAAAAACAUUUGCACAAGAUCAGGAAUGUCAAAAAAAUAUUCUUAAAGAUAAACUACAAAUAAAACAAAAGCAACAAGAGAAAUUAAAACAACAAUUAAAACAACUUUUAAGACAACAAAAUAUUACAAAAGAAGAUACUAAAGAUUUGAAACAUCAAAUUAUAUUAUUAGAAAAUAAAAUAAAACAUGGUAAUGUUCAAGAACAGUAUUUGCAAAAUAUGUAUACUGAUUUGUUAGAAAAAUUAGAAAAUGAACGAAUAGAAUUUGAAAAAAAAUUGAAUGAAGAAAAACAAAAAUGGCAAGAAGCUUUAAAUGUGAGUAAACUUGAGAAAGAAAUGUUAGAACUAAAAAUGAAAGAACAAAUGGAAAAAUGGAGAGAAGAACAACAAACUAAAUGGAAAAAUGUUAUGGAAAACAGAGUUAAAGAAGAAAAAAAAAAAGCUCUAAAAGAACAAGCUAAAAUAGAAACAAUAAAUAGUGGGACUUCUGAUAAUUCAAAUGACAAUUGUAUAUUUUUAGAAACAAAAAAUCCUUCAGAAUUUCAAAUUAUAGAUACAAUAGAUUUAACAAUUCCUACUCAAGUUGUUUCUAAAAUUGAUGAAAAAGAAAGUGUGCUUAAUAAAAUUAAUGAUAUAAUGGAUGAACAAUUAACUUGCACAAUAUGUUCAGAAUUAUUUGUGAAAGCAACAACAUUAAAUUGCAUGCAUACAUUUUGUCAAUAUUGUAUAAAUAUAUGGAAUAAAAAAAGAAAGGAAUGUCCAAUAUGUAGGGCAUCAGUAUCGUCAAUGAAUAGAUCAAUAGUUCUAGACAAUUUUAUUGAAAGUAUGUUAAAAAAUUUACCUAUUCAAUUCAACGAAAGGAGGAAAGAAAUUCUGGAAGAAAGACAAGCAAUGGAGUACAAGAAAAAAAUUCGUUGA